GAGUGUUUUGAGCACUUUUUCCGUGUAAAAUAUGGCAGGUUCAUCUAUAAUUCAUGGUGUGAAUGUUCCAGUUAGAUCCAUCAGCUUGCCAUCCAGGUUGAAGCUUAAUUCUAUUGAAACAGAGCUGAACGAGCUGAAAACCAUUGGACUCUUGUCAGCUUCAAAAACAAUUUACGCUGGUGGUGAGACAAUUUGUACAGGUUUCACUAGGGUUGCAAAGCUGUACAACAAAAUUGAGGAAAUCAUUCAAUCUCCACUCCCUCGACAAGCUCUUCAUCGUCUGCAAAAUUUUAAACUAGUAGAGGAGGCAAUUAACGAUUCGGUUGAAUUGCUGGAUGCAUGUAGCACCGCAAGAGACCUACUUAUGAUGAUGAAGGAGCAAGUACAAGAUCUUCAGUCAGUUUUACGAAGGAGAGGCGGAAAUUCAAGCAUUGGAAGCAAUAUCCUUGCUUAUAUCAGCUUUAGAAAGAAGUUGAAAAAGAACAUUGCUAAAGCCCUUAGAGUACUAAAGAGAUUGGAAUGGAAUAAUAAUGGCCCCUUUCCUCUAUUUGAUGUAGAUUGCCAUCUAUUGAUGGUGGUAACAGCACUGAGGGAAUCCAAUGACAUCACAAUUUCUAUGUUUCAGUCAUUCCUGUCAUUUCUUUCCAUGCCAGUAAUGAAAACAAAAGCUGGAGGUUGGUCUUUGAUUUCAAAAUUGAUACCAGUUGCAGCCGAGAGAAGCCAGAAGUUUUUCAAUGAGGAGAUUAGAUACACUUUCUACUAUUAUCGAAAAGGUCUCGAAGCAGGUUUAGAUUGCCUGUUUAGAUGCUUAAUCAGAAAUAGAGUGUCUUUACUUAAUUUCCUCACACCUUGAAAAUAUUAUUGUACACCUCUUCGUUCAUGGCAUCUGCAUUUUAAGGAUUGGUCCAUGUUCAGGAACCAGAUUUUGUAAGGGAAUUGUAUAAGAAUAAUGGCAACUAAGGAGAUUAAUUGG